GCUGCUCGCCAGGUCCAUGAGCUUAGACACCCUGCUGGUCACGUUCGUCAUCAUCUUGCUUAUCUGCUUCGCUUCCAUCCUCUUCUUACUGACGCUGUUUUUAUAUAAAUGUUUCCAAACCAAGAACGACGGUGGGACGGAGAGUGGUCCUUGUGAAGAUUGUGUAAUUGGUAAUAAUGUGAGGACAGGCGACCCAGGAGUCCAAGAAAAGACUCUAAGGCAAAUCCUGAGGCCGGGCAUUCUUGUCCACAGACGGAGUAAAGAGAUGUUGGCCACACACUUAAACAGCAAAGAGUACCCAGAGGACAAAGUACAGAAGGGAGAUCCUGAGGAUGCCAAAGAGGUGAUGGGCUUGGUGACUCAUGGGGCGCUUCAGAAUUGGUUAGAAAAGGGUGAUGAUUUGCAAAAAGCACACACACUUGUCCCUGGACCCCCUUCAGUUACUCAUAACAAAGGACCUUUAAAAGGAGUGACAUUUUCCAGGGAGGUAAUUGUUGUGGAUCUUGGGAAGGAGUACCCUGUGCCUCAGAGCUAUAUUCAUGUGCAUAAAGAGAGAAAAUGAAGCUCAGGAAAGGCUGAGAAUGAAAGAAAUGUAACCUUGGACUAACAAUGAGAUGACUGGGGUGGGGUACAAAAUCAUGUUGAAACAGCAAAAUAAUGGAGGAUUAAGCAAAUACAAAUAACAUUUUACUUUUGUGCAGAAAGAAGUGGGCUACAUGCAAAAUUCUAUAAGUAAAAUACCCAGAGCUUGAAUAUAGAGUGUUUUUUUAAAACACAAACCUGAGUUCAAGGAAUUGAUUGUAUUAAGUGUCCUUGCAAGUCAGUCUAUUCAAAGCUUCUAACAUGAAUAAAGUUA